AUGCAGUUAGUAACGAUUGAUGGUGAAGCGGAUCUGAGAAUACAUAAUAUUUCUAUCUUACCAUCUGAUCGAUGUGCUACAGAUGAUCAAUUGGCAUCAGAGUGUUGUUGUGGCGAUGGGCAAUUUUAUCAUUAUCCUACAAAAAAAUGCAAAGUGUCACAAAAUGUUGGUUUCAUGUUCAGCCGGUUGAAUGAUUCCUGGUCUCAUAUAGUUGUUUACGGAUUUGUUUAUCCGUUAGUUGUUGCCAUAAUGAUUGCUCCAUUAUGUGCCAUACUUCUUGGCAUGGGAAAACGUGAAAAACGAGAAGGAGAUCGACGCUUUCCCAAUCCGCUAUAUCAAAUGAUAUGGUUAUUAUCAUUUUGUGGAUGGAUUAGCUUACUUUCACCGUUACCUUUCUCCAUAUGGUACUAUAUUAUUGGUGACGGUAUCAAAAGCUUUAAUCAAUCAGUGGUAAUGUGUCAUAUGUUUCAAACAACAAUGGAAGCUUUACCUCACACAAUCGACACAAUGAUGACAUUAUUUAGCAUACUUCUUGCUAGUGGAAGAUUUUUAACUCAAUAUCGUCGGAAUACAUUAAAAUUACGAACAGUGGAACGUUUUUCUCGUGCUCUCUGGACAGUAACUUUUAUUUGUGUAUCAAUGGGCAUUUUUAGGUUUUUUGAAUAUGGUGCUGAUGUUUAUCAGUUCUGUUUAG